AUGAAGGUGCCGAGCCAGUUUUGUGGUGCCACAAUGGAGGAUAGCUGCAGCCCCGCGUCCCAGAAUCACAACGGCCAGCUGGCCGGCGGCGCGAACGUCUCCCUCGCCAACAACAAGCAGCAGGGCGGCAGCGACAACGGCAGCAACGGCGACGCCAAGGACCAGCGGCCGCAGUACUCGAUGCCUGGUAUACUGCACUUUAUCCAGCAUGAAUGGGCCCGCUUCGAGCUCGAGAGGUCCCAGUGGGAGCUGGACAGGGCGGAAUUUCAGGCUAGGAUAGCUUUUCUUCAAGGUGAAAGAAAAGGACAGGAAAAUUUGAAGAACGACCUCGUGAGGAGAAUAAAAAUGUUAGAAUUUGCACUUAAUCAAGAAAGAGCAAAGUAUAAUAGCCUAAAAUAUGGUACUGACUUAGUAACGCAAGAUGUCAAACCACCACUUUAUGAAGAAGGUACCACAUGUAAUGUCUCCGAAGGUGGUGGUGGAGGCAGUGGUGGUAGUAGUGGUGGCGCUGGAGGAGGAGGAGAUGGAGAGGCUUCAUUUACAUCUGUCAGUAAUGUUAGUUGGAGACAAGGGCGUCAACUUCUAAGGCAAUAUUUGCAAGAAAUUGGAUAUACUGACACAAUAAUAGAUGUACGGUCAAACAGAGUACGAUCACUACUCGGUUUAAAUAAUAAUACAGACACGGAGGAAAUGAACACUCCGGCAUUAAAUGGAAAUGAAGGAGUUCACGAUAAAUCAGUUCACGAUAAAGUCAGUCCAAGAUCUAUGCGCAACGAGCGCAUGGUGCGCAUGAUAGCAAAGAAUUCCUCAAAGAAGCCACAACCAUCUUCUAUAGCAGAGGCAAUGAUAUUAGACACAGAAGCGGCUGUUAUAGCGAAUUUUGAAUUUUUGGGUCACACAGAUAUGGACAUGGAAGAGGAGGAAGGCGAUGCAGAGGAUGAAAUUUAUGAUGCAAAUACGGACAGCAAACCAAAUAAAGCAUCUAUCCCCCUUCUAGCAGAGGAUGUUGAUACAGAUGCCGAGGCGGAAGAAGUACUAAACGAAUUAAAUCUUCUCACAGAAAUCGAGGAAUCACCGCCUGGAUCCAUUCACUUGGAAAUGAAUUCUUCAGAAUGGAAUGCAUUGCAUAGAGGAUUACAACCAGAUCCAAGGCGUCCGAAUAAAGAAGGUGACUCGACAUUGGAAUUAGGAGAAUUAGAACAAUUAUGUGUUAACAAUGAUGCAGAGAUAACAUAUGAUAUGGUUUCCACUACGAAGGAGACCUUCAGAAAAACAUGGAACGCGAAAUACACGUUACGGUCGCAUUUCGACGCUGUCAGGGCACUUGUCUUCCAUCCCACAGAGCCAGUUCUCAUCACCGCGAGCGAUGAUCAUACACUAAAAUUGUGGAACCUUCAUAAGACUGUACCAGCGAAAAAGUCAGCUUCGUUAGACGUAGAACCACUUUACACAUUCAGAUCACACACUGGACCUGUACUGUGUCUGGCCAUGUGCAGCGCGGGCAAUCGAUGCUACAGCGGUGGCUUGGAUGGCAAUAUCCAUUGCUGGACGCUUCCGCCACCUAACAUCGAUCCUUACGAUUCGUACGACCCAAGUGUCCUUAGUCACACGUUAACAGGGCACACGAACGCCGUUUGGGGCUUGAGCAUGUAUCACUUGCGCCCCACCAUGCUGUCAUUUAGCGCGGACGGAACUGUGAAAUUGUGGGCGCCGCAGGCCCCACAACCGCUUCUCAAUACGUAUGUCUCGGAGCAAGACGGCAUACCGACUUCGGUUGACUUUAUCAGGGACGAGCCGCACAAGCUGGUCGUAGCUUAUGAGGGUGCUUGCGUGGUGUUUGAUACUGAAACCGGCGCGAUCGUGGCGCGAUUGGAGGCGAACGAGACAAAAGGCGUGAAUCGUGUCGUGGCGCAUCCGACAUUACCGCUCGUCGUGGCCGCGCACGAGGACCGGCACAUCCGAUUCUACGAUCACCGGUCGGCCACGCUCGCUCACGCGAUGGUGGCACAUCUGGAUGCGGUUACUAGUCUCGCUGUGGAUCCCCAUGGUCUAUACCUACUUUCAGGCAGUCACGAUUGCAGUAUAAGAUUAUGGAACAUGGACAACAAGACUUGUGUUCAAGAAAUAACAGCGCAUCGGAAGAAAUUCGACGAAAGUAUUCUAGAUGUAGCGUUCCACCCGUCACGACCGUUCAUAGCGAGCGCCGGCGCCGACGCUCUCGCCAAAGUGUUUGUGUGAAAUGUGUAAAAUCCGAGAUACACUCACUGCUAUCAAAAUUGUUUCUACCACAUCAAACCGAGCAAUCUUUUGUACUCGUAUCCUUUUUUAAAUAGCGUUAUAACUUUGUGUCCAUUUAUACAUACACGUACAUACACACGACACACAAGCAUAUAUAUACAUAUAUAUAUAUAUAUAAAAAACACGUACAUACAUAUAUAUAUAUAUACUUCCAAUUUCCGUUUAAACUCUGAUCGUUUUACCAUCUCCAAGGUACCGGUUUAUAAGGAAAUCAAAUCGAGUAGAUAUAUUGAUAAAGGAAGUGAAAAUUAUCCAUAACUCUUGUCUGACAGUCUAUGGGGAGGAAAAAAAAAGAGGAUAAAUUUAAAUAUGAAAGCUGCUUAUUGAUGUCAAUCAUCACUAAGUAACCAAUACUAUUUGGAAUAGCGGGGAGGGGUCUAUUGUGUAGAAUAUUAGCCGAUAUAGUCCUGAUAAUUAGAGGAAUCAGCCCCUUGCCCACAGAAUCCUGGAAGUACACUGCCGCGGUAGCGUAAUAUUUAUCCUUACGUUAACUAUUUAUUACCAAUAUCGCCGUUACUGUUGCACAGCUACUGGGGAUUAAUACAAUCGUAAUAAUCGACGAUACAGUUGUCCUAAAAAAAAAA